GUCCCACGUGUCUCGCAGAAGAAGGAACUUCGUGUCGCGUGUGUUAUGCUCCAGUGAUGAAUUCACGAUAGUAAACAAGCAUAGUUAUAAUAUUUCUCUACAAUGUUAAUUGGAAAAGAAGUGCCAUGGCGGCGGUUGGAGGGCAUGUCGUUUGGCCUGUACUCUGCCGAAGAAAUAAGAAAGCUGAGCGUGAAGACGAUCACAAAUUUCAGAUUCCUUGAUGCCGUUGGAAAUGUGGCCCCAAACAGUCUGUAUGACUUGGCUCUGGGGCCAUCAGACAACAAAGAGGUGUGUUCAACUUGCUGUCAGAACUUCAACAACUGUCCAGGACACCUGGGGCAUGUGGACCUACCUCUGCCUGUUUACAACCCGCUGUUCUUUGAUAAACUGUUCCUGAUGAUUCGAGGUUCAUGUCUGGUGUGUCACUUAUUAACGUGUCCCCGAGCUGCUAUUCACCUGCUGAUUAACCAGCUGAAGUUACUGGAUCAUGGUGCCAUGCAGGAGGUCUAUCAAAUAGACCAAAUUCUCAACCAGUACCUGGAGGUGCAUCCUAAAGCUACUGGAGAUGAGAUCGAGCAGGUGCUGAAGGAGUUCAGUGACUCAGUAGUUGGUGUCAAUGCUGAAAGUGCAGAGAACCGCAGACCGAUUAAACAUCUAGUGGAAAAGAAGAAUAGCCUGAUAAAUGACUUCUGGAAAAUCCAAAUGAAAAGUAGAAAAUGCCCUCACUGCAGGAGUGGACGGUUUACUUUGCGCCGUGAACACAACAGUAAGCUGAUUGUGACAAUGCCUUCUGUAGUACAGACCCCUGGUGUCACUACUGAAGAUACGAUGACUGGGAAAGUCUAUCUGACUGCUAGUACAGCCCGAGAACAUGUCAACAAAUUGUGGGAGAAAGAAGGUUACUUCCUGAAGCAUCUAUUCUCUGGAAUGGAGGAGAGUUCAGUGUCUAAAGAAGGAGACAAAGGGUUCUACCCUGAGCUCUUCUUCUUGGAGCUGCUAGUGGUCCCACCCUGCAGGUAUCGUCCCAUUAACCGACUGGGUGACCAGAUGUUCACGAAUGGUCAGACAGUCAACAUGCAGGCAGUCAUGAAGGACUGUGGAAUCAUCAGGAAACUCCUGGCUCUCAUAGCGGGGGAAAAGAGUGUUCAGGAGGAAGAGGCUUCAGAACAGACAGACCAGUCCUUUCUAUCUGGGAUCCCCGGGAAUUCAUUAACAGAUAAGCUCUAUAACAUCUGGAUCCGCCUCCAGAGCCAUGUUAACAUCGUCUUUGACAGUGACAUGGACAAAAUGAUGACGGAGAAAUACCCAGGAAUCAAACAGAUCCUGGAAAAAAAAGAUGGAUUGUUCAGGAAACACAUGAUGGGUAAACGAGUGGACUACGCUGCACGAUCGGUCAUCUGUCCAGACAUGUACAUAGGAACCAAUGAAAUAGGAAUACCCAUGGUUUUUGCCACCAAGCUCACCUACCCUCAGCCUGUCACUCCAUGGAAUGUCAAAGAGCUCCGUCAGGCCGUCCUGAACGGACCCAACGUACACCCCGGGGCAUCCAUGGUGAUCAAUGAGGACGGCAGGAGGACCUUCCUAUCGGCUGACAACCUCGCACAGAGAGAAGCGGUCGCAAAGCAACUCCUGACACCGUGUCCUGGUCCUCAUAAGAUGCCCAUGAAGAUAGUGAAUCGGCACAUAAAGAAUGGGGACGUUUUGUUACUGAACAGACAGCCGACUCUGCACAGACCCUCCAUACAAGCCCACUGUGCCCGCAUCUUACCUGGAGAGAAGGUGUUAAGGCUCCACUACGCAAACUGCAAGGCAUACAAUGCUGAUUUUGAUGGAGACGAGAUGAACGCUCAUUUUCCACAGAGUGAGCUGGGCAGAGCAGAGGCCUACAUGUUGGUCAGCACUGAUCAGCAGUACCUUGUCCCAAAGGAUGGCAAACCGUUGGCAGGUCUGAUCCAGGACCAUAUGGUGUCAGGUACGAGGAUGACUAUAAGAAGCUGUUUCUUCACCAGAGACCAGUACACUGAGUUGGUGUACAGAGGACUGACUGACAAAAUUGGCAGAGUUAAGCUUUUACCCCCCGCCAUACUCAAACCACAGCCCCUGUGGACAGGAAAGCAGGUGGUGUCUACUCUCCUGCUCAAUGUAAUACCACAGAAAGCUGUGCCUCUUAACCUGAUGGGCAAGUCCAAAAUCCCUGGUAAGGCAUGGAUCCAAGUCCCACAACGACAUUAUCCUGGAUACAAACCAGAGAGCAUGUGUGACUCACAGGUGGUGAUUCGUCAUGGUGAGCUUCUGGUGGGUGUUUUGGACAAAGCUCACUAUGGCUCCUCUGCCUAUGGUCUAGUACACUGCUGCUACGAGCUGUAUGGAGGAGAAACAAGUGGCAAACUGCUCAGCUGUCUGGCCCGACUCUUCACUGCCUACCUGCAGCUGUACAGAGGCUUCACUCUGGGUGUGGAGGACAUUCUGGUGAAACCAGGUGCUAACAAGCAAAGGAAAAAGCUCAUCAAAGAAUCCCUACAAAUCGGCACCAAAGCCCUCCAAGCUGCUUUCAACUUGCCCUCCAACGUGGAGAAAACUGAGGCUCAGGGCCGCUGGCAGGACGCUCACCUCAACCCAGACCAGAGGGACUUCAGCAUGGCCGACCACAAGUUCAAAGAAGUGGCUAACCAAGUGAACAACGACAUUAACAAGGUGUGUAUGCCAGUCGGACUCCACACCUCUUUCCCUGACAACAAUCUCCAGCUGAUGGUCCAGUCAGGAGCGAAAGGGUCUACUGUGAACACCAUGCAGAUCUCCUGUCUACUAGGUCAGAUUGAGCUGGAGGGCCGCAGACCACCACUGAUGCCUUCUGGGAAAUCGUUGCCAUGCUUUCAGCCAUAUGACCCUGCGCCUGGAGCUGGGGGCUUUGUUUCUGGAAGGUUCCUUACAGGCAUCAAACCACAGGAGUUUUUCUUCCACUGUAUGGCUGGCAGAGAAGGGCUGGUCGACACUGCUGUUAAAACCUCUAGAUCAGGAUACCUGCAGAGAUGUGUUAUAAAGCAUCUGGAAGGUUUGGUAGUGCAGUACGAUAUGACAGUAAGGGACAGUGACGGAUCUGUGGUCCAGUUCCUGUAUGGUGAAGAUGGCCUGGAUAUUCCUAAAACACAGUUCUUGCAGCCAAGACAGUUUCCCUUCAUAGAGGAAAACUACGAGGUCAUAAAGACAUCUCAGGGCAUGGAUGAGGUUUUGGCCCAUUUGGACCCCCAGGCUGCCAGACAGCACUUUGCAGCCAUACAGCGCUGGAAAGCAAAGAAAGAGGUGGCAUGUCCACGGAGAGGAGCGUUCCUGUUGUUUUCACAGAAAAAGAUGGCCAAGUUGAAAGAGACAAUAUCAGGAACAGGUGAAAGCGUUAAUGGCAGAAAUGCACCAACCCUACAGCUGCUGGAGCAGUGGAAUUCCCUCGAUGAAACCAGCAAAUUAAAGUAUGGCAGAAAGUCAUCACGCUGCCCGGAGCCCUCUCUGGGCUUGUUUAGGCCUGACAUCAGCUUUGGAUCAGUAUCGGAAAGCUUUCACAGCAUCACAGAAAAAUACCUGCAAAGCAGAAACAACAUGAGUCAAGACAGCCUGGACAGUGACAGCCUUCGUCAGCUGUUGCAGUACAAGUGGCAGCGAUCUCUGUGUGAUCCCGGUGAGGCAGUGGGUCUGCUGGCAGCCCAGUCCAUCGGUGAGCCCUCCACCCAGAUGACCCUGAACACCUUCCACUUCGCUGGCAGAGGAGAGAUGAACGUCACUUUGGGAAUACCUCGUCUGAGAGAGAUCCUGAUGGUGGCCAGUUCCAACAUCAAAACUCCUAUGAUGAGCGUCCCAGUGCGAAACACCAAAAAGGCUUUAAAGAGAGCCAAGACACUUAGGAAAAAGCUGACCCGGGUCUGUCUGGCUGAGGUGUUGCAGAAGGUUGAUAUUGUUGAGACGCUGCGAAUUGAGAACCAUCUGAAGAUGCGGACCUUCAAAGUUUCCUUCCACUUCCUGCCUCCUGAGCGUUAUUGUGAUGAUAAGCUGCUGUCACCCCAUCAAAUCCUGCACUAUAUGGAAACUAAAUUUUUCCGUCUCCUACACGAAGGCAUCAAGAAGCGCAGCGCCAAGCUGGCUUCUAUCGCUGUGGAGACGAGGAAGGCCAACCCCAGUGAUGGAGACAAUGAAGGCAGUGGGACAGCCAUUGGAACAGAGUUAGACGACGGGGAGGGAGGAGAGGACAGAGAGAUUGCCGACGAUGAGGGAAACGAAGGAGAUGCUGAUGCCUCCGAUGCAAAGCGAAAAGGCAAACAGGAAGAGGAAGUUGACUAUGAGAGUGAGGAGGAGGAGGAAGGAGGAGGAAGAGAUGAUGACGGCAGUGAUACCGAGGAGGGUGAAGCAGAAGAGGAGGCAGCGAAGGAGAACCCAGUGGUCCUAGAGGAACAAGUUCAGCCAGCCCUAGGGUCUAAAGGACUGAAAGCACACAGGAAAAGUAAAGAAGCGCUGACAGGAGAAAAAGAAGACGAGUCCCAGUGUCAGAUGAGAAUCAACACUGUUUUGCAGUCCAACCCAGCCAUAGAGAGAUAUACUUAUGACACCCAAAAUGAACUCUGGUGUGAGGUACACCUGGUCUUGCCAGUGAGCAAGGUGCACUUUGACCUGACUUCAGUUCUGGCAACCCUGGCCAAAAACGCUGUCAUCAUGGAGACUAGGGGCCUGACUCGCUGCUUGCUAAGUGAAAACACAACAAAGACUGGAGAAAAAGAAAUGAUAUUCAACACUGAGGGCAUCAACAUGCAUGAAAUGUUUAAGCACAGUGAUAUCUUAGACACCAACAGAUUGUACUGCAACGAGGUCCAUGCCAUGGCUAAAACCUAUGGGAUUGAAGUGGCUCUGAAAGUCAUAGAGAAGGAGAUCAAAGAUGUCUUCGCUGUUUAUGGUAUCGAGGUGGACCCCAGACAUCUGUCAUUGGUUGCAGACUACAUGUGUUUUGAGGGUGUAUAUAAGCCAUUAAAUCGACACGCCAUCCAGUCCAACUCCUCCCCUCUGCAGCAGAUGACCUUUGAAACCAGCUACAAAUUCCUUAAACAGGCCACCAUGCUAGGUUCACAUGAUCAGCUGGCGUCCCCUUCAGCUUGCUUGGUUGUUGGGAAGGUCGUGAAAGGUGGAACAGGACUUUUUGAACUGAGGGAACCCCAUAAAUAAAAUUAACCCUGCAGUCUGUUAUCAAAUAGGACUUAUUAUGGAACCUCCACCUGGAUUGACCUCAUCACAGAGAUGGAACAUGUUCAGUUCAGCUGGACUCCUGGUUUCACGUUACAGUUGUCUCACUAAGAUGAUUUCAUUUCCUUAGUGGUGAUAUAUCCCAGACAGCAGCUUGUGAGAAAUGUUCAGUUACAUUUAUGCUCAGAAUAAAAUACAGUUAAUGAAAGAUUUAAAACAGAUUUUAAAAUGAAUGUCAUUGUUUAAUGGAAAGCAACAGUUUGCAACGACUUGGUUAAGUGUCACUGUACUUAAACACACACACACACACACACACACACACACCCCUGUAACAUGUCUGGUAUAUUCUGUCUACACCCCGGCUGCAGUAAACCACUCACCCCAUUUGCUCCCAUUUAGCAACAUUUUUUUUUUUAAAUACCCCCACAUCCGUUUGUUUGUGUAUUUUCGAACAUAACAUUAAAACCAUACCACAGAAAGAUUUGUAUAAAAAGAAAGGAAAACAUUUGAAAAGGAACAGAAUGAAGUUUUAUUUAUAAUCUCCCGGUCCUGGUCAUAUCCCUGAUUUUUCUUUUUUUUUUUUUUUGUUUUUCUUUUUUUUUCCUUUCCUUUUUUUUAAUUUCAUUUCAUUUUACUUUUUUUUUUCUUUUACUUUUCUUGAGAAGUCCACAUCACAACAGUCACACCACAUGCACAUGUUACACACUCCACCACCCAGAACAUUUAAACAACCAGGACAGGACAUUGAUCUUUAUUACUGACUGACAUUUCUUUUGUAUAUUACAUGCCAUACAUCUUAACCCCCCCCCACACACACGCACAGACAUUAUGAUGAUGUAAUGUAAAUAUUCUAUAAUAC